AUGAUAGUAAAAAACAGAUUUGGGAUAUUCUUUCUGUUAAGAAAAAAUAUAAUAUGCAGUAGAAAUACCAACUUCUUUUCUUUUAUUAGAGUGUCAAAAAUUAACUUUAGCAAUUCUUUUCAAGAUAAGAAAAAUGGGAUAUCAGAACAACAGACAAACAACAGUACUGAUCAAUUUAAAGAUUUUGAAAAAACGGAUGUGUAUCAGACUCUAAAAGUAAAAAUAAAAGAAGUUCUUGAGCAAGAAAAAAUUGUUUUAUUUAUGAAGGGAACACCAGAAAAACCUUUAUGUGGAUUUAGUGCAAAUGUGGUUCGUAUACUGAACAGUAUGAAUGUGAAAGAUUAUAUUUAUAUUGACGUCAUGAAGAAUAAUAACCUGCGCGAAGCUAUAAAGAUUUAUAGUAACUGGCCGUAUAUUCCCCAUUUGUAUAUAAACAACAAUUUCAUUGGAGGUUACGAUAUAAUUGCAGAUUUGUACAACAAAGGAGAGUUAGCUGAUAUAAUCAAAUGA